AUGCUGGGAUGCAUGUCGCCAUUCAAACAGCAUCCCACUAGAAGUCACCUUGGCCCUUAUCUGAGGAACAUCAUCAAAAAUUGGACUCUUAAUCAAGAGGACAUGUUCAGCCCCAGUCAAAUGGUGUCCACUCUCUUCCCUGCAGUUUUUCAUUCUCCUGCAGCUCACUUUUUCCCUGCGUUCCCAGCCAGACUGAGCACUCCACCUCAGUUCCUGAUUCCUGGGCCCUUUUUUAGCUACGAAUCCCUGAGGAAUUACCUUCAGCCAGAGGCUUGCAAAGAAUCUUUGCUGCUGGCCACACAGGCGGUUGGGAUAGGACCACUAGCAGAAAGCGAAGAUGAACAGAGGCCAGUGAAGCAACGGCGGGCACGAGCCAACUACAGCAGCUGGCAGCUGGAGGAACUGGAGAAGGCUUUCAAAACAACACACUACCCAGAUGUCUUUAUGAGGGAGGCCCUGGCCCUCAGACUGGAUCUGAUCGAGGCCAGAGUUCAGGUUUGGUUUCAAAACCGUCGAGCCAAGAUGAGGCGGCAGUUAAAAAUCCAAAGCCAGCUCGCUCGGCCUCUCAUGAAAGGAGACGAUGGCAUAAAUGAGCAGAGGAGCCCAGAUUUCACACAGACAGAAAGUUGCAACAGUGAGCCUUGGGAGAGACAACAGGAAGAAGAGAUCUACCCAUGGACAAAAGCGUCGGCUUCUGUGUCAAGUGUACGGAAGCAGCCUGUGACCCUGAGGUUGGGGAAGUGGGAGAGGCCGGAGGGGCACAGCUCAGAGGAGCUGCGCUCCUGCAGCAUUGCUAAUCUGCGGGCCAAAGCCAGAGAGCAUGAGGCUGAGAUCCAUAACACUGUAAACAUGUCAGGCAGUGACUUACAGGCACAAACGCAGGAAACCGAUGUCAUUCCCAGUGACUAACAAUGUUCCUUCUUCCUGUUUAUACAGAAAAACUCUGGACAUCAUCAGUGUACUGAACUGUUUGAACUUCUUGGCAAACAUGUCGUCACUUUGCCUUAAA